GGAAAGCGUGGCGUAGUUAUGCGCAUGCUCUUUUCUAGAUUGGGAACGGAAACUUUCCAAGGCUUUGGUUGUUUUCGGAGUGGAGAAAUAAAGUGUGAUAUCCAGAUUUUAUCCUGUAAAAGUAAAGCAUGGAAAGUGUGUUCCUGAAACAGGGCGAGGCCAAUUCUAUUCUGAAAAGAUAUCGAAGAAAAAAUUAUCUCUUUGAAGAGAUACAACAAGGCAAUAUUGAACGUGAAUGUCAGGAAGAAGUUUGUACUUAUGAAGAAGCAAGAGAAGCAUUUGAAAAUGAUGAAAAGACAAAUGACUUCUGGUCAGAUUACAUAAAGGGACAAAAUGAGAAUCAAGGAAGUGGUGCCAACAUCAACAUGGAAUCAGUUUAUCUUGUGGCUCCUCUGAUAGCUGGCCUCCUUGUAAUUAUUAUUAUUCUCUUUGUUAUCUGGCGAUGCCAGGUGAGAAAGGCAAAUCGCAGGCAAAAUGCAUAUGCCCAGACUCAGUUCCAGGCAAACCAAGCCACCAGGAACUUGUCAGUGGUUGUAUUUGGUUAUAAUGGGCAUUCUGUCAGUCCACCUGAUAGAUUACGUACCCUGCAGCCAGAAGGCAUGUCCAGUGAACACUCCAAUCAAAAUGGAACCCCUGUAAGAUUGCCUGGGUUAAAUUCAGAUCCCCCUCCAUCCUAUGAUGAAGCUACUAACCAAAUGGAGAAUGUAAGAAUCAACAAUGAAGUGCGGCAAAGUGAAGAUCCUCCGAAGUAUGAAGAAAUUAUGAAUCAGGCGUAGAUAAAGAUGUAUAUUAAGUUGCCAAUGUUUGAAUAUUUUUAUUUAAUAAAAUAUGGUUAUUAACUUCU